AGUUGCUCCUGGUCUUAUUUUGGACAUUUGACGCAGUUUCGUGAAACCAACAAAUCGUAUUCGCCCACAGAGGUAUUUCUCCCGCCCUCUCAAGAGCACUAGUGUCACUAUGGUAACGACAGUGUUUGAUAGUGGGGUCUCUUCCAUCAGCAAUAACAGAAGGUAGCAAAACGACAUGUUUCUGGUACAAAAAUAAGUGGAAUAUGGCUGUUUUUUUCUGAACAACUAAAAGCAGCCGUUUUUCUAAAACAUAAGAUUACCAACAUAAUGUUUCCCAACAGAUUGGUGUCCCCUUGACUGUCCUCCAGCCUUCUGUCAUUUCUCUCAUGAGCAGCCAGAGCUGACCCUCUGCCAGGAUGGAGGUGGCCGUCUCUGCCCCGCAGAUACUCUCGGAGCCCCAGAGGAGGGGGACUCCUCUGCCUCUGAGCCAGCUGGUAGAGGAGAGCAGGAGCAGAGCCAACAUCCCCAAUCAUCUACUGGAAUCAAAAAUCUAUGCUAAACUGAAAAGCAACAGCUUGAUCCAGGCAGAGCCCCCAGAGCUCCACUUCAGUGGCUUUGAGCUUGGGAAGGAUUACCUAAAGAUUCUGAAACUAAUCAACAUCUCAUCUGAAGUUAUGAAUAUUCAUAUCAUUCCCACUCAAACCAAGCACUUCCAAACAACUUAUACCAAAAAGUAUCGACUCAUCCCCGGCCUCGCCUACACACUGAGGGUCCGAUUCUGUCCUGACGAGUGGCGUUACUUCUAUGACUGCAUUCGGGUUCACUGCAAGGGGGAAGACAACCUGUUAAUUCCAGUUCAUGCUUACCCUGUCAUCGAUGACCUGCAUGUCCCUCCUCGCAUCGACCUAUCAGCCGUACCACUUGGACAAAGCGUAAGCCACGCUAUUCCUCUGAGAUGCAGCUGUCCCAUUGACUUCGAGUUUCAGGUGUACAUUAUUCAGCCCCAUGAGGCUUUCUCUAUCCACCCUCUUACAGGCGUGAUACCAGCCAAUGGUGAGGUGAAGCUCACAGUGACCUUCAGUCCUAUACAGUAUGAGACUUCUCAGCUCACCAUCCAGCUGGUCAUCUCACAAUUCAACACCAAACCCUACCUCUGUACCAUUACUGGGAGUUCUGCUCCUCAUCAUUCCUUCAGUCAGCCGGUGAGAAAGUCGGGUCAUGGAGAUGCAGCGCUUGCAGAAUACAAAGGACCUGCAUCUGCCACCCAGGUGCCUCCUCGAAGUAAAACCAAAUACAGGUCAACCAAGGAGGCUGACAAAUCAAAGACACUGAGAGAUCAACCUGGACUGAAGCCGUCUGUGGAUGUUUCUACCCCAGCAGGGGUUGCAAAAAUGCUGAUCAAAGACACCAAUAAACUCAGCUCUAAAGCCUUGAGGGAAGCCAUAUCCUGUGGCAGUGUUGUUGGUCUGCAGAACAAGCAGAUGAAGGAGGCCCUGUUCCUAAAAAAGGUUCAACAAAAUGUGAAAGAGGAGCAAGCCAACCAUGUCAGAUGGCAAGUUCAUCUGGGUAAAGACCCUGUGUCAGAGCAGACCAGGAGGCAGAUACUGGAGGAGAGAGAGAUUGCGCUGCAUGAAUACAUGGUAAAAAGGGGAGAUGUGAGCCAAGAGGAAGACUUUGCUGCUGGACAACUUAAACUUUCCUCCAGACGAGUGCUUUGCGAAGCUGGACAGGCCCCAGAGGGAGCCCCAUCCUUCCAGUUUUACCCCAGUUUUCAGUGGGAGCUGAGACAAAGAGCCCUCAGACUGUUUCAGCAGGCAGCACGCAAGGUUGUGAUCCGAUGUCGCAUGAAGCGGAGACUGGCGUGUUUGAAGAAGCUGGCAGACGGCAGGAGGAGCCUGCCCUCGGCGCAGAAAGCUGAAGAGCAGAGUACACAUGAUCUGAAGAUCUCACCAGACAAAGUCUUUCCAUUUUCUUUUCCUGUUUUUCUUGAUGAGGAUGACCCACUGGCUUGCAGUCAUUUGGUCACAGCGCCUGUGGAUCCUAUUGAUGUGACUGUGACAACACAUAUCCCUUUCUUCAAGCUUCAAGUUCCACAGCACUAUAAGCUUAUGGGCUACCAUCCUGUGUCAACCUGGGAGGCAUUUAACUCUUAUAUCCCCACUACUCUGGCCAGACCACUUCGCACUGGAGCUCUGGACGAGGCUGGAGCCCAGUCUCCAGAGGCCAGAGUAGAGAAGGAACAGCAGCAUGAAAAUGAGGCGGAAGCUGUGGAAGCAGAGCAGGCUGUCAGUCUCAGCUUCAAAGCCCCUGAAGCUCUGCUCAGACCUUUUCCUGCAAACCCACUCAGAAUCUUUAACCCAGCUCCAGGACUGCAGGCUUACAAACCGACCCCUAAAUACCUGGAGAGUGAUCUGGAGUUCUACCUCUGCCCUCUGCCCAGGUACACUGUCCCUGAGAGCGACAUGUGUAGCACACAAACUCAGCACACUCAGAAGAAGUUUCUGGACUGCAAGGAUGUGAUAAAAGGGGUUAUGACAUGGAAGAAUUUUGAUUCGAUCACCUUGAACUGUCUGUCCAACCAACCUGCUCUCACCAGUGGCUGUUCCCCACGCAGGUUUUAGAACCUUGGAUUUCAUCAACCUGACAAAAAUGCACAUUUUCACUUGACUGCAGUGCAGAUGACCACAUCUUAGUAGUUUUGGACUGAAGUGAUGUAUUGAUAUUACCUCUGUGAUCUGCCUUAGUUCCUGUUUGUUGUACUUAUUUUACGAAAAAACAUGUUGUUAAGGCAUAGUGUUAUCCUAAAUAUAGCUGUUUUAUAAAGUCAUUCUUCACUGUACUACUUACUGUAUAUCUCUCUGUGUGGAGAGUCUAGGUCACAUGGAGGCAAAGAGCCCAGCACCUGGUCUCCACUUACACUGUGAAAUAAUGAUUUAUUCAGCAUUUAGCCUGAAUGGACAGUGAAUAAAUUAUGAUAUUUUGAUGUAGUGUAUUAGUGAACACAGCAUCAGGCUGUCCUGUUCUAUUUGUGGUGCACUCUAUGCUUCUCUAUGCACCCUGUCACAAUGAAUACAACUCAGGUGUGCAUAACACUUUGUGUUUCUGACCCUCUCUUGAAAAUAAGCUCAUGUAUAUUGUAAUUUAUCUUGCAUGAUGGAGUUUCUUGUUUAAAGUUGAGUGAAGUAACAAAGUGAAAGUUGCAGCGCUAAUGAAGCGAUGCACUCAGAGAAAUCUGAAACCACUUGAAGUCUUUAUUUGACAAGAUGCCCAAGUAAGUUGGGCAACCACAGCUCACACAAUGUACUCGAGAAUGUGAGGGUUUGACUAUUUUGCUACACCUCCCUCUCCUCACCUUUCUGUCUACUACCCAUCUCUCCUCACCUUCCCUAUCUUAUAUAAUCAGAUGCCUGGCAAGGCAAAAUAUUCUCUUUAUGCCUGUCAGUACUGAUCUGCAGGAUAACUGAAGAUAUAUUCUUGUCUUUUCAUGCAAGAGAUGACUUUCCUCCAGCCUCCCUGCUCAGUCAAAUUAAUUUCCUACCACUGUUUCACUGGUUAUGUUUGAGUAUCUCCAGUUAUCUUAUAAAUGCAAACAGUAUCAUUUAUGUCAGGUGACCAUAAUGGAGAAAGAGGGAUGUGAUUUACUCAUGCAGUAUGUGUGAAUGAUGAUUAAAGGGACUCUGUUGUAUCUCAACUACCUACUUUAGAACACACUCUGUAGGUACAGUCUACUUUUUUAUAGCCAUACUACUGUGAACUACACAAACUCCCAUAACUGCAACUGAAACCUGUUAAACAUGCAGAUACAUGUACUGUUUUACAGCAUAGAAAAUCUAUAUUUUUAGAAUAACAAUGUAUCAUAUGACUGUAUGUGAAAGGGGUUUGCUCAUAUGAUGAACUGUAUCAGUUAAUUCUGCAGCUUUCCUCAGCUGUACAGAGCUUUGCAGUGUGUUUUUAGCUCAUUGUUUAGCUGUGCAGCCUGCAAUGUUACUGGUAUCAUUCACUCUCACUGCACCAUUGACCGCAGGCAGCUGUUUACAGAAUAAAAGCUCUAAAAACCUGCACUACCUGCUCAGCACCAAACAGCAGACAGACCCAGUAAGCAACUGGCUAGAGAACAAAAUGAAGCAUUUGGCAGCUAAAGAGACAGGUAUUUCUCUCAGGAGUUGGUACAGACCAAAGGAGCUAAAAGAGAGUAAAUGUUGGCCUGACAUUGGUCGAGUGCUCAGAAACAUGACUCCAAAUAAAUGUGAUGGUUGCCCUGUAACUACUGGUUAGUAAAUAAGCAACUGUACAAACUUACAGUUGCUUAUUUACACAUUAAAUAGGUUAAAAUUUCCCAGAAGUGGCAAAAACUGAUAUUGCACGCUUAAUAUUUACAGCCUCUACCUGUCGCGUAA